CGCGGGGCCCAGCCAGGGGCGAGGAGGAAGCGGGCGCUGAGGCGGCGGCUGGGGGUGGCUGGCAGGAGCUCCUCUCCUGGAAAAGCUGCCGAGCAGGGAGGGAGCCGCGGGCUGUACCGCUGCGGCCCCGGCGGGGCGGUGCUGGCGGUGGGCACGGACCGAGCCCGUCCUGGGAGCAUGCGGCGGCAGGAGGAGGAGGAGUGAAGAGCUGUGGCAGCGCCUCCGCUGAGAGCGGACUCCGGGAGGAAGAUGGAGCCCUUUCCGAGCGUGCCUCCCCUGUCUUCUACCUCUUUUGCUGGCCAUGCAGCUGCACAUGCCAUGGCUGGGGUUGGAGCUGUGUACUGAUUGACUGCUACCUUUUGGAGUGGUUAAGAUAUCGAGUCCCGUUACCCAGGAAUAUGAUUGAAAACAGUAUGUUUGAAGAGGAGCCCGAUGUGGUUGACCUGGCAAAGGAGCCUUGUUUACAUCCACUGGAACCUGAUGAAGUGGAAUAUGAGCCAAGAAGCUCCCGUCUCUUGGUGCGUGGCCUUGGAGAGCAUGAAAUGGAUGAUGAUGAAGAGGAUUAUGAGUCAUCAGCAAAAUUGUUGGGGAUGUCCUUCAUGAAUAGAAGCUCGGGUCUGCAGAGUAACAUGUCUGUAUAUAGGCAAAAUCCAAAUGGAUCAUGCUCAGUGCCCUCUACGAGGACUAUGGUGGUUUGCACAGUUGUUUUUGUGAUUGCAUUUUCAUUAAUAAUAGUGAUUUAUCUUCUUCCCAAGUGUACAUUUACCAAAGAAGGCUGCCAUAAAAAAAAUCAUACAAUGGAACUAAUAUACCCUUUGGCAACCAAUGGAAAACUAUUUCCAUGGGCAAAAAUUAGACUUCCUCCUGAUGUUGUACCACUGCACUAUGAUCUUGUCUUGCAGCCAAAUUUAACUACUCUGAAAUUUUCAGGCUCUGUAAAAAUAGUGGUCAACAUCCUUCACGUAACUCGGAAGAUUGUACUUCACAGUUCAGGCCUUAAUAUCACCAAGGCAAUGAUUACUUCAGCACAAGGGCAUCAAGCAAAGCCAGUUGAAUUCCUGGAAUAUCCAUUGCAUGAUCAGAUUGCACUCAUUGCUCCAGAGGCUCUCCUUGCAGGACAGAAUUAUACUGUCAAUAUGGAAUAUUCAUCUAAUUUAUCAGACACCUACUAUGGCUUCUACAAAAUUUCUUACGAGGAUGAGAAGUCUAAGCAGAGGUGGUUUGCAGCAACUCAGUUUGAACCUCUGGCAGCAAGGUCUGCUUUUCCAUGCUUUGAUGAACCAGCACUUAAAGCUACAUUUUUAAUCAAGAUCAAAAGGGAUGAGAAACUUUCCACUCUGUCAAAUAUGCCAAAGAAAGCCACUAUACCUGUGACAAACGGAAUUGUUCAGGAUGAGUUUUUUGUGAGUUUGAAGAUGAGUACCUAUCUAGUAGCUUUUGUUGUUGCAGACUUGAAAAACAUCAGCAGGAUAACUAAUGGGACUCUGGUAUCUGUCUAUGCCAUUCCGCAGCAUCUAAACCAAGCUGGGCAUGCCCUAGACAUAACAGUGAAGCUUCUGAAAUUUUACCAAAAGUACUUCUUCAUGAAAUACCCUCUUGAAAAAUUAGAUCUGGUAGCAAUUCCUGAUUUUCAGGCUGGUGCAAUGGAAAACUGGGGCUUAAUCACCUUCCGAGAAACUGCACUCUUAUUUGACAACAACACUUCUUCAGUGAGGGAUAAAAAGCUAAUAACAUCAGUGAUAGCACAUGAGCUUGCCCAUCAGUGGUUUGGCAAUCUAGUAACUAUGGAAUGGUGGAAUGAUCUCUGGCUGAAUGAAGGAUUUGCCACUUUCAUGGAAUACUUCGCCAUGGAAGAGGUUUUUCCAGAAUUGCAUUCAGAUGAAGAUUUCCUUAAUUUAAUUUUCAAGGCUAUGAUGAAGGAUGUCUUGAAUUCUUCACAUCCAGUCUCUUCUGCUGUUCAGUCUUCAGAGCAAAUCGAAGAAAUGUUUGAUGCUCUUUCUUAUAUCAAGGGGGCUUCCCUUCUUUUGAUGCUGAAGCAUUAUCUCAGUAAGGAUGUUUUCCAAGCUGGCAUUGAGGUAUACUUGCAUAAUCACAGCUACGGAACUGCUCAGAGCGAUGAUCUGUGGGACAGCAUGAAUGAGAUUACCAAUGGAACAUUAGAUGUAAAAAAAAUGAUGAAGACUUGGAUUGGGCAUAAAGGAUUUCCUUUAGUCACUGUUGUCCGAAAGGGAAAGAUUAUUUCAGUACAACAAGAGAAAUUUUUGUAUCGUGUGGAACCAGAGAAUUGGACAUCAGAUGCAAGUUACCUGUGGCAUAUUCCUCUCACUUACAUAACAAAUAGGUGCAACUUCACCCAUUGUACUAAUGCCUAUUUACUGGAUCAGAAGUCAGCUGUCAUUGAACUUCCAGAAGAGGUGGAAUGGGUAAAAUUCAAUGUGGACAUGAACGGCUAUUACAUAGUACACUAUGCUGAAGACUGGAAAACACUGAUUGAUCUGUUGAAAAAAAACCACACUGCUCUGAGUCCUAAAGACAGAGCAAAUUUGAUCAACAAUAUCUUCAACCUUGCACGUCUAGGAAGAGAGUCUCUGGAAAAGGCCUUUCAAUUGAUUGAUUACCUCAAUGAAGAGAACAGCACUGCACCACUUACUCAAGCUUUGUUUCAGCUGAGUCUUAUAUACAGCCUUUUAGACAAAAAGGGUGAACAACAACUGGCAGCACGGGUCAUGCAUAGGAUAGAGCACUUGCUUGGAGAUAAAAUUGAUCAACAGCACUGGACAGAUGAUGGGACCCUGUCUGAACGAGAGCUCCGGUCAGCACUGCUAUCUUUUGCCUGCACUCAUGAUAUAAGAAACUGUAGAACAACUGCUGCCAAGAUGUUUGAGACAUGGAUGAAGUCUAAUGGAACAAUAAGUCUGCCUAGUGAUGUUAUGAAAGCCAUAUUUGCAGUUGGAGCCAAGUCUAACGAUGGCUGGGAAUUCCUCCUGAAGAUGUACUUCAGUUCAGUUUCUGAAGCAGAGAAAAGCAAAAUGAUUGAAGCCUUGGCCAGCACAGAAGAUGCCAGAAAGCUAAUCUGGCUAAUGAAGAACAGUCUUGAAGGAGAAAUCAUCAGGUCACAGGAGCUCUCACAUAUCAUAGCAACUGUUAGCCAGAGUUUGCCUGGAUAUUUGCUGGCCUGGGACUUCGUCAAAGAGAACUGGGAAAAACUUACACGAAAAUUUCACCUAGGCUCAUAUACUAUCCAGAAUAUCGUUAGCUGGUCAACUUCUCAGUUUGCAACAAAGGCACAUCUACUUGAGGUCAAGUCUUUUUUUGAGUCAAAGUCAGAGGAGAGUUCUCAACUACGUUGUGUUAAAGAGGCAAUUGACACAAUUCAGCUCAAUAUCCAGUGGAUGGAGAGAAAUUUGGCAAAGCUACAAGAACUGCUGUAGUGCAUAUAAUACUGUGCUGUGUCAGCCAUUUAGGAGCUCUGUGAGCAGUUACUGAGUUUCAUUUGCAAAAGCCAGGGUGAAACCAGGCAUCACUGCAACAUUGCACUAUUAAGGAAUCUAGAUAGCUCAGGGCAUGUCUCAGAUAAAUUUUUAUUUUCCUUGAAGCAUUUUGAGCAAUAUGUAAGUAUUUACCCUGAAACUGUUUUCAUCUGUAGACCAAACAUCUGCACAAAUGAUUAAAUAUUAUUUUAUAAGUGGAACUUACGCUGUUUCCUUUGGAGUUGUGUUACAGUUUCUUGGCAGUGGGUUAAUACUGACAGGUAUGAAAGAAAGCGUUACCAUGAACUGUUACUUCUUUGCAGACUGCUCAUUGAGCAGUAGAUUUUUUUCUUAAUGCGGAACUGUGUGUGGUUUCCAUAUUUGUAGGUCUAGAAGCUGUUGUGAAACAGAAUUGUAUUUCAGAUAUGUAAGUAAUAGUGAAUGUUAUAAAGUUCAAGAGGUGAAAUAAAUACAAUUAUAAUUCCA